AUCUGCAUGCUGUAAUAGGAAUGCUCCAGAUUAAUAGUUGCGUUCUAAAGACAAGUUAUCCGCAUUGAGAACCGUAAAGUGUGAAAUUGUAUGUGAUUGGAGGAAGAAUGCCAACAAAGCAGAGAGAGAGAAAGCUUCCUUUUCUCAUACGCCAAUUACAGCAAUACUAGCCCUUCAAUCAUCAUUGAUUUCAUUAUUAUUCUCUCUCCACAAUCCUAAUCCAUUUUACAAAUUUAUUUUAAUAUAUAAAUACAAAAAAGCCAUGAAAAAUAAAUAAUAAAAAAGAAAAUAUCUGAAAAAGAAAGGUUCAGUGAGAGAGAGGCACAAAGGAAACAGCUUGUCAGUUUAGGGUUUUUUUUAUUAACCCUUAGCUGAAAAAGUGCAAUCAUUCAUCUCAUCAGACCCUUAAACGAAUCAAUUUCAAUUUAAUUCUCUCCCUCCAGAGAUAAGCUCCUAACAAUCCAUCUCUCUGGAGGGUUGAUGCUACAAGAUGAAGUUUAGGAUCGAUUCUUUAAUGGGUUUUUUGUAGAAUUGUUUUAAGAUUGUUUGAAAAAGAAGAUGCUUUAACAGAGUCUUCCGUUUGACUUGGUGGGGGUUGUUGUAGUUGGACCUUAGAGCCUGAAGUCCAAGAUAGAAGUGUUGAAAGUUGCACACUUGUUGGUUGGAUUGAAAAGUUUUGUAAAAGAGAAUUAAUGGAAGAAGUGACAGUUUUUGGCCGUGAAGCUUCUGUGAAUUUGUUCAGAGAAGAAGAUGAAGAAGAGUUUAGGAGUUGCUGUGAAGACGAAGAGGUAUGGAAGGAAACUGAAGAACCGGAUAAAGAAGAAGAAGAGACAAGCAAUGAGCUUGAUGAAUUUGCUGUGAAGAUGUUCUUCAAAGGAAAGUCAAUAGAUGGCUUUGCAGACUCAAAUUCUGGGAUGUCAGGAAUUGGGGUGUUUAUGGAAAGAUCAUCCACUUUCCCUGUGAUUAAGAUCCAAAAAAAGCUUGAGUUUCAUGUGGAGGAUUCUGUUGCCGACUAUUUAGCUCUGCUGGACGGUCUAACGGAAGCUCUUCAGAAUAAUAUUCGCCGAGUGUAUGCUUUUACAGACUCUGAACUUCUAUAUGAUCAGAUAACAAAUGAUAAAGAACCUGACAUUCCAAUUCUUGUUGCACUAAGGGAACGGAUUCUAGAACAUGCCAGUAAGCUUGAAGCUUUUGUUCUGAAAUGUGUUCCUAGUGCAGAUGUUGAGCAACCAAUGGAACUAGCUCAAGUGGCAAUGGGGGUUGUCUCUUUUCCUGCAAAGGGAGAUAUAUUUCUUGAAAACUGCUCAAUAUGUUGUGAUGACAAACCUUGUUUUACAAUGAUCUCUCUAAAAUGCUCUCAUAAAUUUUGUUCUCAUUGUAUGAGGACAUAUGCUGAUGGAAAGGUACAGUCCUCUCAAGUUCCCAUCAGAUGUCCUCAGUUGAAAUGCAAAUAUUAUAUCUCUAGUGCUGAGUGCAAAUCUUUCCUUACCUCCACUUCUUAUGAGUCUUUUGAGAAAGCCCUUGAAGAAGCCAAUGUUAACCACUCAGAUAGAAUUUACUGCCCAUUUCCAAACUGCUCUGUCCUUCUUGAUCCUCAUGAAAGCAUAUCAGGUAGAGCAAGUUCAUCAAGUCAGUCAGAUAAUAGCUGCAUAGAGUGUCCAGUUUGUCAGAGAUUCGUUUGUGUGGAUUGUGGGGUUCCCUGGCAUACAGCAUUGAGCUGUGAAGAGUUCCAAAACCUUCCAUGGGAAGAGAGAGAUUCUGCUGAUAUUACAUUAUUUCGCCUAGCACAAAAUAAAAGAUGGAGGCGUUGCCAGCAGUGCCGUAUGAUGAUCGAGCUCACUCAAGGCUGUCACCACAUGACCUGUUGGUGUGGACAUGAAUUCUGUUAUUCUUGUGGUGCUGAAUACCGUGAGAGUCAACAGACCUGUCAAUGUGCGUUUUGGGACGAAGAAAUUACUGAGGAUCUAGGUAAUCAAUCUCUUCAAGAAUCAGAGCAAUGGGCAUGGGAAACCUUUAACUCGCUCCCAAUGGUCUCGGAUGCUUACUCCGACCAAGAGAGAUCUCAGCUAGCUUUAAUCCAGAGGUUUCUUGCUGGUGGUUUCAGUCUCAGCGAUCAUCACCCUUACCAAUCCCCGCCUCGAUGUACAGAUUCUUACGUAGAUGCCAUGAAGGAUCUCCAUCAGCUGCCAUGGCUGGAGAGGUUCGUGUCUGUGAUUAGCGACAACUACUAUGAAGAUUAUAUUCAAUGAAAGUGGAAAAUCACCAUUCUGAUAAAUAUAAAAUAAGAUGCUUAGCUACUCCCAACUUAGUUAAAUGGAGGUAAAGAGUUUCUCGCUCUAUUACUCCAUUUCCAAUCAUACCAAGAGAAAAAAAAAACUGUCAAAUGAUGUUUUUUUUAAUUCCUUGUUAUGUAGUUUUACAUCCAUUUUACAUGCUGGCUGGCAUGAUCAUCUCUGCAUAAACCAUGACACAAGUACUGUGCUUGAUAAUGAUAAUUGUUCUCUCCUGGAAAGUAAAAAAAAGGGAGGGUUGGGGUGGGGGGAGGAGAUGGGAGAACAUUGAUUGUGUUGUAUAAAUUUGAAAAAAAAGAAAGAAACAAAAUGAAAUCCCUCUCUCUAUUGAUAAA